AUGAGUUCUCCGCUCCUGACUCGGUAACCGCCCCAAGAACUAACAUUUUCUUUCUGAUUCAACGUCCCUCAUUACGGAUCGGCAUAAAUGAAUGAACCACGGGGAAUAUCGGAAGAAAGUCACCCUGGAACGUUUCCUGUCAAACUGCUCUCUGGCUGACUACAGUCAUUUAUGUUGGUCUUGAUAGGCAAAUCAAUAGAAGAGCUUUCCCUUGGAACUUUAUUGCAAGCUUGUCAAAUGUGUUAGAGGACAACCGGUGCGUUCUGUUCCCUUGCAAAGGAGUCACGCUGUGAUUAACAGAUCAGGUUUUUGACUGCCAGGACAAAUGAAUACAAAUGAAUCUAGGGAUCCGAAGGGGAGAUUGCAGAACCUCUCAUCUCGACACAAAGAGAGUCCUAUUGCUCUGUACAGUUUUAUAUUGUACUUGCUACCUGGGACUUGCACAAGUAAACUCUGAAGAUGUGGACAUCCUCCAGAGGCUGGGGCUCAAGGGAGAGAAGCCAUCAAGCUCCAUCCGUCCAGGGAUCAUUCCAUUCCGAUCAGGAGUCAUCCUCACCCAACAGGCACGUGUGGAGGCCCCUGCCCGCUCAGUCAUACCACCGUCCUACUGGCCCAACCUGGCGCUGCUUCUGAGUGUGCGUUCCCACCGUGUCAACAACGCCUUCCUCUUCACCGUUCUCACCGGCCACCGCCGGCUCCUGCUAGGCCUGCAGCUGACCCCGGGGCAGCUUGUCCUCCACACAGGGCCCAAGAGCGCCGUCCCACUCCACUACGACCUCCGCGAUGGCCAGUGGCACCAUCUGGCUCUGGACAUCCGUGACCAAAGGGUGACUCUAUACUCUGCCUGUGGGAAGCAGAGCGUUCACGCAGACUUGACUUCAGUAGACAGAGAAGGCCUGGACCCUGAGAGCUCCUUCCUACUCGGGAAGAUGGGCCAGGGCUCGGUGCAGUUCGAGGGUGCCAUUUGCCAGUUUGACCUUAUCCCCUCCUCCCAAGCAGCUCACAACUACUGCAGGUACAUUAAGAAACAGUGCAGGGAGGGUGACACCUACAGGCCAAACAUAGCGCCCCUCUUAACCCGAGACCCCAACAUCACGGCCAGCCUGGCCCUGCCAGCUCCCUCUGAGCUGAACAGGAAGCCCAUGGUCAUGAACCUAGCAAGGAGCGCCACUGCAGCUGCCUCUGCUGUUAGGCAUGUGGUGCCGGCCAUCCUGCUAAAGCCCACCCCUAGGACCACUCCUUCUCCCCUGCCUGGUACUGUGAUGUUACUCAUGACAGGGCCUGGGCAAGCCUUCCCGACCAAGGCCCAGAGCGAGACCAUUACAGCACCACUCAGGAAUGGAGUCGCCCCUCCCUCCUCCCCCAAAACCUACCCCAUCACUCAGAAAUCCCACAAGCCCACUCAUAUCAAGCCCGCCAAUGUCAAGCCCACCCCUGUUAAGCCUGCCAAUUUCAAGCCCACCCCUCCCAAGCCCACACCUGCCAAGCCCAUCCUAGCCAAACCCACCUCUCGCAGCAGCCCCAAGAAGACCACCUUGGGGCUGGAGGCAAAGCAGAAACCCUCUUUCACUGCUGCGGCCAAGCCUACCAAGAAGAAGCCAGACUCUGCCCUUCUAGCCCAGGGGGCAGUCAGCCCUGGGCCAAAGAAACUACUACAGAAACCACAGCCUACAGCACCCAAAAAGACAAUAGCCCAGCCUAAAGUCACAGCCACUCGCCAAUUCAAAGCCACCAAUGCACCUGCCAAUCCAAAGCUCUCGAAAGCCACCAAUGCACCUGUCACCCAACGGCCCACCAGACCCACCUAUGCACCCUUUAACUUCACCGCCACGGGCUGGUGGCAGACGUACGAUGUGGAGCCGACCCAUUUUUCUCUAUUUUUGCCAGGACCCCAAGGGCUAAAGGGUGAACCAGGCCUUGCGGGCCGUCCAGGACCACCGGGGAAGUCAGGCACACCAGGGAAGAGGGGUCCUCAGGGUGGACCCGGUCCCCAUGGAAAACCUGGCCGUCCUGGUCCACCUGGGCUUAAGGGGAGGAAAGGAGACUCUGGUCUCUCAUCUGGAACAGCCGCUAAAGGAGAGAAGGGAGACCCAGGUAUUCUUGGCCAAGUUGGACUACUCGGCCAGGCUGGUCGAAAGGGACAGAGAGGGCAUCCUGGUCCACCUGGUCACACAGGAGAGCCUGGGGAGCGAGGUCCAGAUGGAAGCCCAGGUGCCAAAGGUUAUCCUGGCAGGCAGGGUUUGCCAGGUCCCAUAGGAGCCAUUGGGCCAAAAGGCACUCGGGGCUUCAUUGGAAUCGCGGGCCUUUUUGGCCUACCUGGUGCUGAUGGCAAAAGAGGCAUUCUUGGGGAACCCGGGAAGAGGGGCAAGAUGGGUAGGCCGGGGUUUCCUGGAGACUUUGGUGAAAGAGGACCACCAGGACCAGAUGGGGACCCAGGUUUGCUUGGAGCCCGUGGUCCUAAUGGAGUUCUUGGACUUAUUGGUGACAUGGGACCGAAUGGGAAGAUGGGCCUUCCAGGACCCAAUGGACUGAAGGGGGUGUCCGGCAACCCAGGAGAACCAGGACUGAAAGGUGAUAAGGGUGAAAUUGGGCUUCAUGGACAGCAGGGAAUGAUCGGGUUCCAAGGAGACAAGGGUGUUCAGGGUACUCCAGGAUUGCCAGGUACCAGAGGAAAACCAGGACUUCAGGGCAGGCCAGGAGAGAGAGGGUCUGAUGGAGUACCUGGCCUUCCAGGAGCAGAGGGUUUCCCUGGAGACAUGGGGCCUCCUGGAGAGAAUGGCUUAGAAGGCCCAAAUGGAAAGCCCGGAGUGAGGGGGUUGCCUGGUCCUAGAGGGGUGCCCGGGCUAGAGGGAGUUGAGGGCCCACUUGGACCACUGGGUCUGACAGGAGUGGAGGGUAGAGUCGGCAUGAAGGGCUUCCCUGGAAAGAUUGGAACGGAUGGAGUGAAGGGAGAGCUUGGUAUCACCGGGAAGGUUGGAGGCUUGGGUGAAAGGGGCCUGGUUGGCUUUAUUGGGCCUGUUGGAGAGACUGGAUUGGCAGGGGAGAAGGGGGAUCGAGGGGAGAUGGGCCUGCCGGGACCUCCUGGAGAAAAGGGAUCAAUGGGUCACCAAGGGACACUAGGUGAAAGUGGGCCAUCUGGGGAACCUGGAAGACCGGGCCCCCCAGGAUCUCGUGGGCCAAUUGGUACCAGAGGACCCAAAGGCAGAUGGGGUGCGAGAGGGCCCGACGGUCCAACGGGGAAGCUGGGGUUAGUGGGCAUGAAGGGCCCCGAUGGUCUUCCGGGAAAAAUGGGUUUUUCGGGAGAUGAGGGGAAAAUUGGAGAGCUGGGAGAAGCUGGACCUCAAGGGUUUCCCGGUAUUCAAGGACCCUCUGGAUCUCUAGGAGACCAAGGAAUAGCAGGCGAGCCAGGACUCCCUGGGCCAGUGGGGACAGUGGGGCCACUAGGAGAAAUUGGUCUACAGGGUCCUCUAGGCAAAGUGAGUGAUCCAGGACUGCCUGGGGAGCCAGGGGAGAAGGGAGCACUCGGAGCCAUUGGUAACAUCGGAGAGCAGGGACUAAUGGGACAACGGGGAGAGCCAGGGAUUGAGGGAGAGGCCGGUGCUGCUGGUCCUGAUGGAACAAAGGGUGAAAAGGGUGACAUGGGGCACGAGGGCGACAAAGGAGAGAAGGGUGAAACUGGAAUGAAGGGAAAGGAGGGCCCACCUGGGAAUCCUGGACUCAUAGGCAUCACAGGACAAGAGGGUAAAUCCGGCAAGAUUGGUGAAAGAGGCAAACCAGGAAGAAAGGGAGCCAAAGGCCAUAUGGGUCAUCUUGGGGAGACGGGACGAAUCGGAAAGACUGGGCCAAAAGGGUUUGUGGGACCGAAGGGCUCGAGAGGAACCAUUGGACCUGUGGGUCCCCCAGGCAGAAUGGGUAAACAGGGGGAACUGGGUCUAGCAGGUUACGAGGGUCAUCAGGGACCCCAAGGCCCUAUUGGGCAUCAAGGACCAAAUGGUGAAAAGGGCGAGCAGGGGGAUGAUGGGAAGGUUGAGGGUCCUACUGGUCCUCCAGGCGACAGAGGUCCUCCAGGAGACAGAGGAGAGAGAGGGGAGAUAGGGGAUCCAGGAUACCGAGGGCAACAAGGUGUGGACGGAGGGAGAGGCAAACCUGGAGCCCCUGGACAACCUGGACAUCCAGGACCUCAUGCACAACACGGGCCCAAAGGAUCCAAAGGAGAUCAAGGUCAGAAAGGCAAACUCGGUCAGAGAGGAGAAUCUGGAAGCAGAGGAUCGCUGGGUGUGGUUGGUCUCCAUGGCCCGAGAGGCAUGGUGGGGCGAGAGGGGCUGGAGGGCGUGCCAGGCGUAGACGGAGUCUCAGGGAAGGAUGGGUCCAAAGGCAUGCCAGGCGAGCAUGGUGACGAUGGUGAGUUCGGUCUCCCUGGCAAAGCUGGUUACCGUGGAAAAGUCGGCGGGCUGGGACUGCCGGGCGAUAUGGGAACUUUGGGACCAAAGGGUGAAAGGGGCCUCCCAGGACAGACAGGACCCUCAGGGAAGAGAGGCUUUAAGGGUGGGAUGGGACUGCCAGGGCCACAGGGGGACCAAGGGCCCAAAGGACAACCUGGUGAUACAGGAGAACCAGGUUUUCCAGGGAUACUGGGAGUGUUUGGACCAACAGGGCCUCCAGGUGACUUGGGACCAAAAGGCAUACAGGGACCAAAAGGGCCACAGGGCACAAUGGGCAGAGGUGGAAUAAUGGGUCCGAUGGGGAUUAUUGGGCCCGAUGGAAGUCCAGGCCCUAAAGGAGACAAGGGGAGCCGUGGAGAGAUGGGAUUACAAGGACCAAAGGGGCUUCCAGGACCCCCGGGACCUCCAGGUCCUCCUGGUGUCCCUCUGUCAUUUAAACAGGACAGUUCCCUUCAGGUGUUUGAGUCUAUAAACACCCCACUUAGGACUGAGAAUUGGGUAGUUAUGGACCUGCCUAUGCUAGACCAUGUUACAGAGAUCAUUAAGACCCUCCACUACCUUAGUAACCUGAUCCAGAGCCUGAAAAAUCCACUGGGCACCAGCGAUAACCCCGCCCGCAUUUGCAGGGACCUCCACAGCUGUGAACAGAAAAUGAGCGAUGGCACUUAUUGGAUUGACCCAAACUUGGGCUACUCCUCAGAUACAAUAGAGGUCACCUGUAACUUCACAGGUGGAGGGCAGACCUGCCUAAAACCUGUAACGGUGUCCAAGCUGGAGAUUAGUGUUGGGCGUGUCCAGAUGAACUUCCUGCAUCUCUUGAGCUCAAAGGCUGUGCAACAUGUGACCAUCCACUGCCUGAACGUACCUAUCUGGAGGACCUCUGAGGACCAGCCUCCUUCAAAGGGGUCUGUGCAUUUCAGGGCGUGGAGUGGGGAGAUCAUUGAGGCAGGAGGAGCGAUGGAGCCUCACGUCAUCGAGGACUCCUGUUGGAUGAAGGAUGGACGCUGGCACCACACCCAUUUUGUGUUCCACACCCAGGAUCCUAACCUGCUCCCUGUGGUUAACAUCUAUAACUUACCCAAGACCACUCUCGGAUCACACUACCACCUGGAGGUUGGCCCUGUGUGUUUCCUGUAAGGGUGUGUAUGUCUGUGUGGUGCUGUGUGUGCAGGGACCCUCACUUCUGAACCUCCAUGCAGUUGGGGUGAAUGGAACAGUCCAUUCCCUCCCUCAAGCACUGUCCAAGAAGGACCUCUGCACCCCUCCCUCAACACCCCCUUAUCACCCCUCUCAUCAGACUGCAGAAAUAAAGGGAAGAUAUUUUGGUGCUGGGGGAGAAUGAGGAGAAGAGCAAAGGAGGAAUGGGGGAGUUCUCACACUAAUAGCUCCUAAAGAAGACAAUUUGUUAUUUUUUUGCUCUUCGGGAAUGAUUUAAACUAAAAACAAGCUGUGGAUAUCUUCUUGGAGAAAAGGCUUUGCCAAACAGUCUCUCAUGAACAAUUAAGUUAAGGGACAUCCAGACUAAGUCGAUACUGCCAAUUCCCCUUCUUUUGGAAUUAUAGUGAGUUAUCAUACAGUGUGUACUUAAUAAAUACCAAGGAACAACAGUCUGUCCAAGAGAUUAAUUAAAGUAAUGGGGAACAAUAUUAAACAUACUGUACAUAUAUAUGCGUAUUCCGUCACUUUUAUACAUGCAUAUUUUAUGUAAAGAAAUCAUCUUCAAGUGCAAUAGAAAAUUAGAUGAUCAUUUAAUAUUUUAGACUUUGAUAAUGCUGAAGGCUUUUUUUGUGUGCUUUGGUGCUUGACUUGAUUUUUUUUUAUGCACUUACCCAUAGUCCCAAACAUGAGACCGACACGUCUCUCAGUCUCUGCGCCAUAAUGGAUAUCAGUGGCAACCAGUCGGUGUAUAUUGUCUCAGACCUUCUGCCUAUAAUAAUUAUUAAUGCGUAUAUCACACCAAUUAGACUUGAUAUACUGUCGGGUGGUGGUAAUUUUAGGACACACUUUAAGACCAUGCUUGACAGCAUACUCUGUAUUGAAUGUCAGUCAGAUAAGCGAUCAGGGCCCAGUUUCCCAAAAUCAUUUUAUGGCUAAGUUAAUCGUAAGAACGAUUUAGAUGUUUUUGGGAAACUGGGCCCUGGUCACUACCUUUGGCUGAUACUCCUCACCUAAAAGAGUGAGCAAGGUGUUUUAGAGGUGUUCAUACAGAUGAAGUCGAAAGUUUACAUACACUUAGGUUGGAGUCAUUAAAACGUGUUUUUCAACCACUCCACAAAUUUCUUGUUAACAAACUAUAGUUUUGGCAAGUCGGUUAGGACAUCUACUUUGUGCAUGACACCACUAAUUUUCCCAACAAUUGUUUACAGACAUUAUUUCACUUUUGAAGUGGGUCAGAAAGUUACACACAAAGUUGACUGUGCCUUUAAACAGUUUAGAAAGUUCCAUAAAAUGAUGUCAUGGAUUUAGAAACUUAUGAUGGGCUAAUUGACAUCAUUUGAGUCAAUUGGAGGUGUACCU